AAUCCGAACAACGUUCUCCUAUCGCUGCCACGUCACCGCAUGGCCCCCAAUCCUCCUCCCAUGGCUUCCCUUCUCUGCCCCGCCGGCUCCUGCCGCUGCUCCGCCUCCUUCCGCCUCUCCUCUACCGCCCCGCCGUCCUUCCCCUCCAGGAAGCAUCACGGCGUCGCGCCUCCCACCACGCUCGCGUCCUCCGUCGCCUCUUCUUCUCCGCCGCGGGCCCUCGCUGCGGCCGCCUACGGUGGCGACCUGCUCAGGCCAGUCGACACGCAGACGAUCAUCAUCGCCGCUGCCGUGGUCUCAGCGAUUUCCCUGUCCCUCAUUCUCGGCCUCAAGGGGGACCCGGAGCCGUGCGACAGGUGCGCUGGAAAUGGAGGCACGAAGUGUGUCUUUUGCAAUGAUGGCAAAAUGAAGGUAGAAAGUGGAGUAGUCGAGUGCCGUGUAUGCAGAGGAGCAGGGCUGAUACUUUGCAAGAAGUGUGCUGGUUCCGGAUACUCUAAGAGGUUGUAGCCCUAGUUAAGCUAGUAUUAUGUGCAGUUUUACAUCUGAAACUGGGGUUUUAUACAGAUAUAGAUAUAUACUAUGCCGUCAAUUUGUUCAAGUGUAGAUGAGCAUGAUGUAGAGCUGAUCUACAAUCUUCAGAUGUUUAACUAUCUGCAGUCCAUCGA